CAAAUGAGAUUCAAAAUGUACUAACAGUCCAUGCAAGGCUGAAGGUGUCCCGCCCUGAUGUGUUUCACCUGUGUUCUUGUCCCCGCCCCCUCUCCAGGUGUUCCCGGUUCCCUAUUGGCCCUGUGUAUUUAGACCCUGUUCUCUGUUCGGCAGUUGCCAGAUCGUCUGGUCUUGUACAGUCGCUUCCAGUGUUCUAUGUGUCAUUCAUUUCCCCGGUUUCAAUUAUUUUUUGUCAAGUUUUUUGUCAAAUCGGCAAGCAAAUUGUCCACACAAAGUAAGCUAUUGCUUGUUUUAGUGUCCUGGCAGGUACUUUCAGAACUCAUAAUUUUAAUAAAAUAUGCAAACACACACACACAAACACACGGACAGACAGACACACAAGUACACUACACCCAGUUGUUGUGUUUAUGUGAGCUCUUCAAUGGGUUGAAAAACCGGUUUUGCCUCUGAAUGCAUGAAGUCUUCCAUUGGCAUUCAGAUCAUUCUGAUGACUCAAUGUGUAUCUGUCAGACAUAGGACACCAUACAGAAUGUAAUUCACAACUGAAACUAUUUAAAUACGACUACAAUCCUCUCAUUAACUGCUGAAGCACAGGAUAAUACCAUCAACACUGAGAUUUUAACAAGACUGAAGAAAACGGCUCCCUUAAAAGGCUGUUACAGAGAAGUUGAAGUGAAUAUUUAACAAAAUGGCUUCUGGUUCCACAUUCCCAGAGGACGAUUUAAUUUGUCCAGUGUGUUGUGACAUCUACAAGGAUCCUGUCCUCCUGUCAUGUGGACACAGCUUCUGUAGAAGAUGUCAUCAGGAAUUCUGGAGAGAAAAGGGAUUUCAGGAAUGUCCAGUUUGCAGGAGAGUAUUUUCCAAAGAGCUUCCUCCUCAAAACUUUGCUCUAAAGAGUCUGUGUGAGGCCUUCUCCAAGUCAAAGCUAGAUAGUCCGACAGCUUUAGAAAGAGGGUCUGAGGUGUUCUGCGUUCUGCAUGGUGAAAAACUCAAGCUCUUCUGUCAAGAGGAUAAUCAACCUGUCUGUUUGGUGUGCCGGGAUUCAAAGAAACACAAAAAUCAUGACUGCAUACCAGUAGAUGAAGCUGCACAAGAUAAGAAGAAGGAACUCAAGACUGUCCUGAAGCCCUUAGAAGAGAAGCUUAUUGUCUUUAAUACAGAUAAACAAACCUGUAAUUCAACAGCAGAACAUAUUAAGAACCAGGCCCAGCACACAGAGAGGAAGAUUAAGGAGGAGUUUGAGAAACUUCAUGAGUUUCUACGAGAGGAAGAGGAGGCCAGGAUAGCUGAACUGAGGGAGGAAGAGGAGCAGAAGAGUCAGAUGAUGAAGAAGAAGAUUGAGGAGAUGAGCAGAAAGAUAUCAUCACUUACUGACAUAAUCAGAGAAAUAGAAGAGGAUCUGAGAGCUGAAGACAUCUCAUUCCUGAAGAACUACAAGGCCUCCAUGGAAAGAACCCAAAUCCCACUACUGGAUCCACAGCUGGUCUCAGGAGGUCUGAUAGACAUGGCCAAACACCUGGGAAACAUGCCGUUCAGAGUCUGGAAGAAGAUGCAGGAGAUUGUGAAAUACACCCCUGUGAUUCUGGACCCCAACACUGCCAACCCACAGUACAUCCUGUCUGAUGAUCUGACCAGUGUGAUAAUCAGUGAAGAGAGACAGCAGCUUCCUGACAACCCAGAGAGGUUUGAUCCUGGGAGAUUUGUCCUGGGAUCUGAGGGCUUCAACUCAGGGACACACAGCUGGGAUGUUGAGGUUGGGGACAGUACACACUGGUUUGUGGGUGUUGUAACAGAGUCUGUCCAGAGGAAGGGAAGGGUGAUAUUUAUAGGUUGUAGAAUAAGUUAUAAUAAAGGUAAAUACAGGGCAGUGUCCCCAUCAGGAUCAGUUAUCCUUCAGACAUUAAGACGGAAACCCCAGAGGGUCAGAGUUCAGCUGGACUCAGACAGAGGAGAGCUGUCAUUCUCUGACCCUGAUAAUAGUACACACCUACACACAUUCACACACACCUUCACUGAGAGACUAUUUCCAUGUUUACUUAAUGUCUCUAAUGUUGUCCCUCUGAGGAUCUUACCAGUGAAGGUGUCCAUACAGAUGUUGGAUACUCUGCCUCCAACUGGCCAUAAUCAGUAACAGCACCUCACACCAGUGUUGUUUCUUCCCCUUAUUCACAGGCUUGUCUAUUUGGUGUCAAACUGUAAAAUAAAGUAAUAUGUAGUUUGUGUGUAACAUAGUAAUGUUGUUCUCUGUGUAAUACAGUAAUAUGUAGUUCUGUGUGUAAUACAGUAAUAUGUAGUUUGUGUGUAAUACAGUAAUAUGUAGUUUGUGUGUAACAUAGUAAUGUUGUUCUCUGUGUAAUACAAUAAUAUGUAGUUUGUGUGUAAUACAGUAAUAUGUAGUUGCCCAAUUGGCACUAAGGGGCCUAAAGUGUGCCAAGAAAACAUCCCCCACACCAUUACACCACCACCACC